AUGGACCCUUAAAUUAGAAUCAAAAAAGCGCACUUUAUUAAUUCCAGCAUCAAAACUAAUAUUAAAAAGGAUUAUAAGUUUUUGAGAGAGAUUGGCGCAGGAGGGUUUGGAGUGGUCUUUGAAACAGAAUAGAAGUCGACUGGGCUAAAAAGAGCCAUCAAAGCAAUUGCAAAGGAUAGAGUGGUAGAUAAAGAAAAUUUUAAGAAUGAGCUAUCUAUUUUAAGAAAAAUAGAUCAUCCAAAUAUACUGAAAAUGUAUGAAGUUUAUGAGACAGAAAAGACAUUGUAUUUAGUUACUGAAAUGUGCGAGGGAGGCGAGCUCUUUUAUUAUAUCACAAAAACAUAACAUUUGACAGAAUUACAGGCUGCAAAAAUUAUGAGAUAAAUUUUUACGGCAAUAGCUUAUUUGCAUGAACAUAAGAUUGUGCAUAGAGAUUUGAAACCUGAAAAUUUCUUAUUAAAAAAUAAGGAAGAUGACUCCUCAAUAAAACUGAUUGAUUUUGGGUUGGCCAAGACUUUUAGAGAUGAUGAAGUUAUGACUUAACCUAAUGGAAGUUUAUUCUAUAUGGCUCCAGAGAUUAUAAAGGGACAAUAUGGAUACGAGGUUGAUUAUUGGUCUUUGGGAGUCAUUUUAUAUGUCAUGAUGAGUGGGCAACCGCCCUUCCCAGGUAGAAAUCCAUAAGAAACGUUAAAGAAUAUUUAGAAAGGAAUAUUCACAUUCUCAAAAUAAGGUUUUAAAGGAGCAAGUGAAGAGGUUAGGGAUUUAAUUUAAAAGCUCCUAGUGAUGGAUCCGAAGAGAAGAUUCAGUGCAAAAUAGGCAUACAACCAUCCUUGGAUUUAAUUGUAGGUUAGUAAUGAAGUGAUGAAUUUAAAAUUGCAUGAUGAAGCAAUUAAGGGAAUAGAUAGGAUGAUCAGUGCUCAACAAAUGAAAAAGACUAUGUUGUUGUAUUUGGCCACUUUCAUUCCAGAGAGUGAAAUAACAUCAUUAAGACAGUUAUUCGUAUCUUUGGAUAAGGAUGGGAAUGGAAUGAUUUCAUUGGAAGAAAUGAUUGAGGGCUUAUCGGAAUUCAAAAAGUUGAAGCAUAAAAACAUGGAUAAGAAUUACCUGAUCCAAUUGUUUAAGGCUAUGGAUAUAGAUUAGAGUGGAUAAGUAGAUUAUAGUGAAUUUAUUGCUGCAUUUUUGGCAUGUCCCCAAUUCCAGAAUGAAAGAUUCAUUGAAGAAUCUUUUAAACGUAUAGACCAAGACAAUAGUGGCAGAAUUUCUAAGAACGAGUUGAUGGAUAUUUUCCACACUGAUACUAUCUCCAUUAAAGAUAUAGAUAUUGAAGAACUAAUUAAGUAGGCUGACCUUAAUAAGGAUGGAGAGAUUGAUUACCAAGAAUUUAUGAUACUGUUAAGAGACAGGUUUGCUGAUUAAUUAAAGCAAUGA